AUGAAGGAGAAGUCCAAAAAUGCGGCCAAAACCAGGAGGGAGAAGGAAAAUGGCGAGUUUUACGAGCUGGCCAAGCUGCUCCCGCUGCCUUCGGCCAUCACCUCGCAGCUGGACAAAGCGUCCAUCAUCCGACUCACCACCAGCUACCUGAAGAUGCGCGCCGUCUUCCCGGAAGGUCUAGGAGACGCGUGGGGACAGCCGAGCAGAACAGGGCCUCUGGACAGCGUGGCCAAAGAGCUGGGAUCCCAUUUGCUGCAGACGCUAGACGGAUUUGUGUUUGUGGUGGCCUCUGAUGGCAAAAUCAUGUAUAUAUCUGAGACUGCUUCUGUCCAUCUGGGUUUGUCCCAGGUGGAGCUCACAGGCAACAGUAUUUAUGAAUACAUACAUCCUUCUGACCACGACGAGAUGACAGCAGUACUUACAGCCCACCCACCACUCCAUCAUCACCUGCUCCAAGAGUACGAGAUCGAGCGGUCUUUCUUUCUCCGAAUGAAGUGCGUCUUGGCAAAAAGAAACGCAGGACUGACAUGCAGUGGAUACAAGGAAGCCUCCUUGAGCCAGGGCGGGGAGCCCUUAAUUCAACCUGCACCCAACAACAUGUUCCUCCAGAGGCCCCUGCUCGUGAAGGGCCAGGUCACCACCAAAUACUACCGGCUGCUGUCCAAGCUGGGCGGCUGGGUCUGGGUGCAGAGCUACGCCACCGUGGUGCACAACAGCCGUUCCUCCCGGCCUCACUGCAUCGUGAGUGUCAAUUAUGUCCUCACGGAUGUCGAAUACAAGGAACUUCAGCUGUCUCUGGACCAGGUAUCCACCUCUAAGUCUCAAGAGUCCUGGAGAACCACCUUGUCUACCUCACAAGAAACUAGGAAAUCAGCUAAACCCAAAAACACAAAGAUGAAGACAAAGCUGAGAACCAACCCAUAUCCUCCACAGCAAUACAGUUCGUUCCAAAUGGACAAGCUGGAGUGCAGCCAGGCGGGAAACUGGAGAACGAGUCCCCCCACAAAUGCUGUGGCUCCCCCUGAACAGCAGCUCCAUUCAGAAGCUAGCGACCUUUUAUAUGGGCCGCCCUACAGCCUCCCCUUCUCCUACCGUUAUGGACACUUCCCAUUGGACUCUCACGUCUUCAGCAGCAAGAAGCCAGGAUUGCCCGCCAAGUUCGGGCAGCCCCAAGGAUCCCCGUGUGAGGUGGCACGCUUUUUCCUGAGCACGCUGCCAGCCAGCAGCGAAUGCCAAUGGCACUAUGCCAACUCUCUCGUGCCCAGCAGCCCACCGCCAGCUAAAAACCUUUCUGAGCCUCCUGUGAAUGCUGCCCGGCAUGGACUUGUGCCAAACUAUGAAGCGCCCGCUGCCACCGCGCGCAGGUUCGGCGAGGACCCCGCGCCCCCAAGUUUCCCGAGCUGUGGCCACUACCGCGAGGAGCCCGCACUGGGUCCCGCCAAGGCGGCUCGCCAGGCGUCCCGGGACGCAGCCCGGCUGGCGCUGACCCGAGCGCCCCCCGAGUGCUGCGCGCCGCCCACCCCGGAGCCGCAGGCGCCGACACAGCUGCCCUUCGUGCUGCUCAACUACCACCGCGUGCUGGCGCGCCGCGGGCCGCUGGGGAGCGCUGCGCCCGGAGCCCCGGAGGCGGCCGGCUCGCUGCGGCCCCGACACCCCGGCCCCAUCGCUGCCACUGCGCCCGGCGCACCCCGGCCGCACUACCUGGGCGCCUCGGUCAUCAUCACCAAUGGCAGGUGA